UCCUCGGUCAUAUAAUUUCUCUAUUAAUUAGUAUUUAUUUGGAGCAUGGAUGGAUUGUGAUUUCUGAUAUGUGACUCUCUCCCUCUCUCUCUCUCUCUCUCUCUCUCCAGUAGUUUUCUCUCCGGUGCGUAUUGCGUCACUUUGUCCGAGCUAACGUCAUCUAUCCGGUGUUUAUUACAUUUCAAGAUCAUAUGAUAAUUUCACUUUCUGGACAAAAUGGGACAUUUCUCAUCCAUGUUCAACGGCUUAGCUAGAUCCUUCUCGAUCAAGAAAGCGAAGAAAAACAACAGCAAAAGCGACGUGAAGGAAGCCGUAGAGGAAAUGGCGAGAGAGGCGAAGAAGAAGGAGCUGAUUCUGAAAUCCUCUGGUUGCAUUAAUGCAGAUGGAUCCAAUAACUUGGCCUCUGUUUUCUCCAAACGCGGUGAGAAAGGCGUUAAUCAGGACUGUGCCAUCGUCUGGGAGGGAUUCGGAUUUGAAGAAGACAUGAUCUUCUGUGGGAUAUUCGAUGGACACGGUCCCUGGGGUCAUUUCGUGGCUAAACAAGUCCGAAACUCAAUGCCUAUAACUUUGCUCUGCAACUGGCAAGAGACUCUGUCUCAGACCACAUUAGCAGAACCCAAAACAGGUCUCGACGAGUCCGAUAAAACGCUACAGAGGUUCGCCGUCUGGAAAUACUUGUACCUCAAAACCUGUGCAGACGUUGAUCAAGAGCUUGAGCAUCACCGAAAGAUCGAUUCUUUCAACAGCGGCACAACCGCUCUAACCGUUGUGAGACAGGGUGAAGUUAUUUAUGUAGCAAACGUCGGGGAUUCACGUGCCGUACUGGCCACGGUUUCUGAAGAUGGAAGCUUGACCGCGAUUCAGCUGACCGUCGAUUUCAAACCAAAUAUACCCCAGGAGGAAGAACGGAUUAUCGGAUGCAACGGGCGAGUAUUCUGCCUCCAAGACGAGCCAGGAGUCCACCGUGUGUGGCAACCGGAAGAAGAAUCUCCGGGGCUCGCAAUGUCGAGAGCUUUCGGAGACUAUUGUAUCAAAGAGUACGGAUUGGUCUCAGUGCCUGAAGUCACUCAAAGGCAUAUCUCCAUUAGAGACCAGUUUGUAAUCAUGGCCACUGAUGGGGUAUGGGAUGUGAUAACAAACCAAGAGGCCAUAGACAUCGUUUCCUCAACCGCAGAGCGGUCAAAGGCGGCCAAGCGGCUGGUUGAGCAAGCGGUUAGGGCUUGGAAUAGGAAGAGACGUGGAAUCGCAAUGGAUGAUAUCUCAGCCGUCUGCCUCUUCUUCCAUUCGUCGUCAUCUCUAUCGCAUGAUAUUCACCCUGCCACGACCUGUUAAUAGGUAAUGGUUUUGGGACCGAGCUAGAAAAAAAAAUAUGUUCUCAUGUAAAUAGACCAGCGAACUUUCGGGUAGGUGAUGAACUUCAAUGGAAGCCAUUCUUUGAUAUCUGUUCAGCCUUAUUAAUAUCGAUGUUGGGAUUCAAGUCUUGGUCUCUCUUUCUUCGUAUUAUUGAAUCUCGUAUGCAAAUUUGCAAACCUAUCCGGAAUGAAA